GGUAAGCCUAAAAUACUUUGCAUUAGAGUAGUUUCGCAUUCUAUGCAACACAGUAUUCCAUGAAUGGGUCUCAGCGCAAUACUCAUGAAUGGAACGCCCCCAAACCUCACACUGGACAGUAUCAUACGGACCCACUAAGUCUGUCAAAUAUUAGUACACUAGCUGAGUAUCUACACAUGAGUCGUCAAACCUUAAGAUCACAAUCAAGAGACUUCAUUGUCAUCCUACUUCGUAGCUCAGCCAGAGACUCCUUUUCAGAGAUAGAAACGAACAUCGAGCGCAGAUACCCACGCAUCGCCGAAUCUAUCCGAGCCGUUGUUCGAGACGCAACAAACAUGAGCGGAAUUAAUUCAUCAGAAGAGCUGCUAGAGCUUGUCAGAAAUACCUGUAAAAACGAAAUACAGUCGGGAUUGGACAAAGGUUUCUCCAAGCUGAUGGAAGAGUUCAGAACUCAGACCAGAGAUUCACAGCUAGGAAUUGCACAGUCAUCAACGGAGAACGCCCCUCAGAAUGUCGGUAUCGUUGAGGUCACCGAAGAAUUCACGGCUAGGAACAGAAGUCUGGAAGGUGAAGUCCAGCGACUGAAGGACACCCUCGAACAGACCAAGCAGGCUGUUGCACGCCAAUUGCGAGAUAAUGAAGCGAAAACGACGAAGUUACGCAAGAUCAUCAUUGAAAAUGGACUCGAUAACGAUGGCCCGAUCGAUCAGGAAGUGGAGAACACAUUCAGUACACUCAGCCACAAUAUUUUCAAGUUUGUGAAGAACCAUUGCACGAACGAGACCGCAAGAAACCCAUCCUGGUACAGGAAGGUGCCCUCCGAUGUUCAGAACUGGUGGGUCGUUCGUCAAAUAGCAAAUUGUCUAUACAUUCACCUAUUUGCACCGGGGCGGUCUUAUUUUGGUUUUCUGGAUCCGCACGAUGAUAAUCUGUUGGCGACUUUCCACAUGAGUCUAGAGAAGGACGUCAAAGUUCCGGCACAGGAGAUGUUGGAUUGGCGGAUUCGGACUUGUCAGUUGAGCAAGUACUCUAACCCCAGCACCCGUCUGAGCGAGAGUAAAUGUGAAGAGCUAGUGAGCCUUUUGUAUCAGAGAUUGGAGCCUUUUUGGCAUCAUAGCUCGUCCGAUAUGAGGAAGAAGUUCAAGGACAUCAGACUGAGUCUGGCAGAUCUGUGUCAGCAGGCGUUUCGCAUCGUCAUGCUGUUCAGACGAGCCAAAACCGAGUAUAGGUGGCUCCAGAUGGACCGCGAGAUGUUCAGAGAUCCAAUCCUAUUGGAAGAGCAGGUAGAAGUCCAAGCUAGUGCAGGUUUCACAAGCUUUGAAAACGCGCAAAGAGUGGAGGAAGGCUUUAAGACUGUGUUUGGAGAAGUCAUUAAAGGCGACGGACCUUCAGGACGCGUCAAGGAGAGUUGGCAGAUCUUGCGCAAAUGUUCGGUCUUGUUACUUGGGCCUGGGCACGUAUGUACAAGAUAGACGAUAACACGUGCAGCUUGUAUUCCGUGCAAGUGGUAUCGUACAAAAUCUGACACGGCACAGCCCAAAUGCUCUGUGACUAUUGGCUUCGAGUAUUGAUAAAGAUGGGGAAUUAGAC